AGUGAGAAAGGAAGCGACUGCUGCAAUGAGAUGAGAAUGGUUUAGUCAUGUGGCCUCUGUUGGCAAAUCAAAUCAUAUCAUCAUAGCUGCAAGUAGUACACACUCACGUAGUGUACGGAUACACAAUCAACAUAGUAACCCUCAAAUACCCUCUCAACAUGGAUGAGUUAGAUUUAAUCCUUGCAGAAUUGGCUCAAACCCCCAACAGAAGUGCAAUCGCCCCUGGAAUAGCUGUCAAGACAACAGUGGUGACUGAGAACAGAGAAACCAGAAACAGUGGAUAUGGGAUUCCAAAAUCAGAUCUCACGAGAACAGGGCAUCCGUCUGCCAGCAGUGUUUACAGUAAACCACUGGCUCAAGGGGAUCCAAUGAGUCCUACUACGGCCAACCGGGAGCUGGAUUCCAUCAUGAAUGAACUGCUGGGUUUUGACCUGGAGGUUCCAGAAACAGGCUGUGAUCCAACCCCACCGCCUCUUGCCCGAAAAGAGAGACAGAGCAUGAAAGACAAGAAAGGCAGGACCGAGGACGAAGUGCCAGAGGACACGGAAAAGCCGAAGAAGACAGAUAUGAUCGACGAUCUUCUGGGAGGCCUCAGCUCUGACAUGGAGAAGAUGGGUGUUAACACCGUCGCCAAGGGCCACUGUGCUGCCUGCAGCAAGUGUAUUGCUGGAAAGGUGAUCACAGCCCUGGGGCAGGUGUGGCACCCUGAGCACUUUGUGUGCUUUGAGUGUAAGCAGGAGCUGAGCACCUCCGGCUUCUUUGAGAGAGACGGCAAACCCUACUGUGAGAAAGACUACCAGGAGCUCUACUCGCCCAAGUGUGCAUACUGCAAAGGCCCCAUCCUGCAUAACAUCCUGACGGCUAUGGAUCGAACUUGGCACCCAGAACACUUCUUCUGUACCCACUGUGGAGAGCUGUUUGGACCAAACGGGUUCAUGGAGAAGGAGGGGAAGCCGUACUGCAGCAAAGACUUUUAUCAGCUCUUUGCACCUAAGUGCACUGGAUGCAACCUCCCUGUGAAGGAGAACUACCUGACCGCCGCCAAUGGUGUGUGGCACCCGGACUGUUUUGUCUGUGCCGAUUGCUUGCAGCCUUUCCGUGAAGGGGGUUUCAUUGAGAUGGACGGGCGCCCCUUGUGCUCCCAGGACUACCACAAGCGACAGGGGACGCUGUGCGGCAGCUGUGGAGCCCCCAUCACCGGCCGCUGCAUCGCUGCCAUGGGCACCAAGUUCCACCCCGAGCACUUUGUCUGCGCCUUCUGCCUACGGCAGCUCAGCCAGGGCGUGUUCCAGGAGCAGGAUGGGAAGCCAUACUGCAAGGGUUGCCAUGCGAAGCUAUUCCUGGCGAAAUGACACUGUGUUAAUUUUAGAACAGGAGGAAGUUUGUUUCAUCCUUCGUGUAUUUUUAAUAGUACUGAUAUCAAAAGGAGAGAAUUUGAAUACUGCAAUACUCUUUUAAGUUCUUUAAAUGAGUCAUACUGAAUUCUAAUAUGCUUUUUUAAUACUAGCCACUCUAAAACAAAAUACAUUAAUACACCAGAUAAACUGCUUGUUCCGUAAGGUAUACAUAAAUAUACGCAAUGCUAAAACCACCAGGGGAUACUGUUAGGUUUGCAUGGCAGUCUAGUAAUCAUUAAAUGUAAUAAAGAUUUCUUACACUA